UUAGGCUUUUGUCAGAGCAGAUUUGUUGACAUUCUUCUCCCAUUAAAAAAUAAAUUUAAAAGAGUGCAGAAAUAAGCUAUGCAUUUUCACUAUUUCCUGCUAAUAUGCAAAAAAUGUAUUUAUGAUAAUUACACGUAGUGUGUGCCAGAACUGAAACAAUACAUUCCUCAUAAUGGAGCAUAAAUAAAGAAGGUGGAGCCAGCUGCUCUUAAACUGUUUAUUUGCGAAGCAGUAAUGAUAUAGAGAAUAUACCUUUGUCACUCUGUUAGUCUGGCAGAGCUGAACCUGUUGCUGCAUUAGACGAGUUGCAUUUUGCUGGAUAGGGGAAGGAGGGCUGUCUGCUGUCUGGUAGGAGGGCUUUGUCUGUGCCUUUCUCUCUGUUUCUUUCUGUUUUUCUUUCUUUCUCUCUCCUCUCCUCUCCUCUCUCACUCGCUUGCUGUGUCUCUGCCUUUCUCUCUCUCUCUCUGAACCCCCUCCCUCUCUUGCUCUCUCUUCCCGUCUCUGUGGUUUGUAAGGUAGGUUGCAGUGUGUGUAUAUACACAACAUCAAGAGCAGGAAAAUGGACUCAUUAGGGAGGCAGGCAGUCAUUACCACUCACACUGUACUUCCAGGGAGACACCGAUUAUGAGAAGAGAAACUCAGCGCUGGGGAAGAAGCUACACAAAAAGAAGUGUUGACAGUUGUCCUGUGAGACUCUGAAGACUGAAGACUGCCUGAAGUUACAUUGAAAGACCGAAAUCACAGCACCUUAAAAACAAAAGAUUGAGCUGCACUGUGUUGUAAUAUUUCACCAUCAGUAACUGGAUAUUCUUCAUAACACUGCUGUCUGUGGCAAGAGUAGCAGUGGCUGGCACUUUCCCUCCACACUGUGAGACAAAGAGAAUUGGCUGGAAUAAAACCUUGCUUGCCAUAUGGUCAACUUGAAAUGCAGCAUUGAAAAGUUCCUUGACAAGCAGUCUGUGACCUGUCCCUUCUCUGUGUGAACCAUCUAGCUAUUACCCCAUAUCAAUUGCAAAUUGAGCCUUCCAGUCUAAACCUGGUUAGUAGGACAGCUUCACACACAGUCAUCCAGAUGAUGGACAUUGCCAUUCAAAGUUAAAUCACAAGGACGCUGAGGUGGAAGAUACAUUUUAUGCUCUGUUUUUGAGAUAUUGAAGGUGUUUUGAUUUACAGAUAUGCGAUCGCUCUCCAUUCCCUGCCCCAAUGAACAUCUGCACUAGGCCCCAACCUUGGAGUGAUUUACCUGAAGAGUGACACCACUGACUUGGAAACUACUACGUCUCUUACUGGAAACGCUAAACCCGGGAGUCUAACACCUCUCUUAGGCUUCAGAUGAGGAAACUGAAGCCCAGAGAGGUGAAGUGAGGUGCCCAAGGCCACACUGCAAGUUAGAGGCACAGCUAGUACAGUAGCUCAAGUCUCCUGACUCCCAGUCCAGUGCUCCUCCAUUACUCCACGGGUCCUGUCUCUAAGCUUCCUGACAAAUGCUAGAACGGAAGAAACCCAAGACAGCUGAAAACCAGAAGGCAUCUGAGGAGAAUGAGAUUACUCAGCCGGGUGGAUCCAGCGCCAAGCCGGGCCUUCCCUGCCUGAACUUUGAAGCUGUUUUGUCUCCAGACCCAGCCCUCAUCCACUCAACACAUUCACUGACAAACUCUCACGCUCACACCGGGUCAUCUGAUUGUGACAUCAGUUGCAAGGGGAUGACCGAGCGCAUUCACAGCAUCAAUCUUCACAACUUCAGCAAUUCCGUGCUCGAGACCCUCAACGAGCAGCGCAACCGUGGCCACUUCUGUGACGUGACGGUGCGCAUCCACGGGAGCAUGCUGCGCGCACACCGCUGCGUGCUGGCUGCCGGUAGCCCCUUCUUCCAGGACAAGCUGCUACUGGGCUACAGCGACAUCGAGAUCCCGUCGGUGGUGUCAGUGCAGUCGGUGCAAAAGCUCAUUGACUUCAUGUACAGCGGCGUGCUGCGCGUCUCGCAGUCGGAAGCUCUGCAGAUCCUCACGGCCGCCAGCAUCCUGCAGAUCAAAACAGUCAUUGACGAGUGCACGCGCAUCGUGUCACAGAAUGUGGGCGAAGUGUUCCCGGGGAUCCAAGACUCGGGGCAGGACACACCUCGGGGCACACCUGAGUCGGGCACAUCAGGCCAGAGCAGUGACACAGAGUCGGGCUAUUUGCAGAGCCACCCGCAGCACAGUGUGGACAGGAUCUACUCGGCGCUCUAUGCCUGUUCCAUGCAGAAUGGCAGCGGUGAACGCUCCUUCUACAGCGGUGCAGUGGUCAGCCACCAUGAAACAGCACUCGGCCUGCCGCGCGACCACCACAUGGAAGACCCCAGCUGGAUCACCCGCAUCCACGAGCGCUCACAGCAGAUGGAACGCUACCUGUCCACCACCCCUGAGACCACGCACUGCCGCAAGCAGCCGCGGCCAGUGCGCAUCCAGACCCUUGUGGGCAACAUCCACAUCAAGCAAGAGAUGGAAGAUGACUAUGACUACUACGGGCAGCCAAGGGUGCAGAUCCUGGAGCGCAAUGAAUCCGAGGAGUGCACGGAAGACACCGACCAGGCCGAGGGCACUGAGAGCGAGCCUAAAGGCGAGAGCUUCGACUCCGGUGUCAGCUCCUCCAUUGGUACUGAGCCUGAUUCAGUGGAGCAGCAGUUUGGGCCCACCACACGGGAUGGCCAAGCCGAGCCAGCCCAACCCGAGCAGGCCACCGAAGCCCCUGCUGAGGGCGGCCCACAGCAGAAUCAGCUAGAAACAGGGGCGUCCUCUCCUGAGAGAAGCAACGAGGUGGAUAUGGACAACACAGUCAUCACUGUCAGCAACAGCUCAGACAAGAGCGUCCUGCAGCAGCCUUCGGUCAAUACCUCUGUUGGGCAGCCAUUGCCAAGUACCCAGCUCUACUUACGCCAGACAGAAACCCUCACCAGCAAUCUAAGGAUGCCUCUGACCUUGACCAGCAACACACAGGUCAUUGGCACAGCUGGCAACACCUACCUGCCGGCCCUCUUCACUACCCAGCCUGCGGGCAGCGGCCCCAAGCCUUUCCUCUUCAGCCUGCCACAGCCUCUGGCAGGCCAGCAGACCCAGUUUGUGACAGUGUCCCAGCCAGGCCUGUCCACCUUUACUGCACAGCUGCCAGCGCCACAGCCCCUGGCCUCAUCGGCAGGCCACAGCACAGCCAGUGGGCAGGGCGAAAAAAAGCCUUAUGAGUGCACUCUCUGCAACAAGACUUUCACCGCCAAACAGAACUACGUCAAGCACAUGUUUGUACACACAGGUGAGAAGCCCCACCAAUGCAGCAUCUGUUGGCGCUCCUUCUCCUUAAAGGAUUACCUUAUCAAGCACAUGGUGACACACACAGGUGUGAGGGCAUACCAGUGCAGUAUCUGCAACAAGCGCUUCACCCAGAAGAGCUCGCUCAACGUGCACAUGCGCCUCCACCGGGGGGAGAAGUCCUACGAGUGCUACAUCUGCAAAAAGAAGUUCUCCCACAAGACCCUCCUGGAGCGACACGUGGCCCUGCAUAGUGCCAGCAAUGGGACCCCUCCCACAGGCACACCCCCGGGUGCUCGCGCUGGUCCCCCAGGCGUGGUGGCCUGCACGGAGGGGACCACUUACGUCUGCUCCGUCUGCCCAGCAAAAUUUGACCAAAUUGAGCAGUUCAACGACCACAUGAGGAUGCAUGUGUCUGAUGGAUAAGUAAUCUCUUUUUCUCUUUCUUAUGAACAAAACUACAAAAAAAAAAAAAAAAGGAAAAAGUAAGAAAAAGAAAAAAAAAGCUAUGGCACUAGAAUUUAAGAAAUGUUUUGGUUUCAUUUUUACUUUCUGUUUUUGUUUUUGUUUCAUUUCGUUUUGUACUACAUGAAGGACUGGUUUUUUGCCUGCUGGUACAUUACAUUUCUGGAGGCUCGGGUGAAUCAUAGUUUUCCCAGCCUCCAUCGGAUGGUGGCCUUAAGGCCUGGUAGUGCUUCAGGAGGUCCACUGGUUGGAUCUCUAGCUACUGGCCUCUAAAUACAACCCUUCUUUCCAAAAAACAAAAAAAACAAAACAAAAAAAAAAACAAAAAAAAAAGUCUUUUAAAAAAGUUAAAAAAAUUUUUUUUCACUUGUGAAGAGCACUACAAAAAUAUAUAACAAAAUCUGAAAGGCCUACUGUCUUUAAGUACACCGCUUGCAGUGUUUCAGUGGACAUUUUCACAAUGCUGGCCGCUUGGACUUGACAGUAAUCAGUCAAAACUGUGGAAUAUCCCUUCUGGUUGAAAACCCAGAGGAAAGGCCCUGCUGUUCUCCACCAACCACCUUGUCUGAUUUUACAAAAGGGCUGUGGGAGUGGGAGGGAGCAGUGGGUUUGGUGAUGUGGGAAAGAAAAUGGAAGGGUAAGCUUCUUCCGCAGAUUCUGCCUGAGGUCACACACCCUGGCCCACC